AUGACUACAAAACCGAUAUCUACACUCAAAGCAUUUUUCAAUGAUUUGCGUUCGAAAACUGGUCGUGCGUUUAAUAACGCAAAAAAAAAAAAGGCCCAAGAGAUUCUUGACGAUUGGCAGGACGACCAGACCACUCUAAAACAGAAUGAGAUAAACGAUUACUAUCGCUUUCGUGACGACCAAAAGACACAUGCAGGUAAUGUUCCACCGCCACAACCAGACUUCACCGCUAGAAAUGAUGAGGAUCAUUAG